AUGGGGUGCCUGCGUCCGCUGGCAGGGCCAGGCAGAGCCGGGACUCACUCGGGCGAUCUCAGCGUACGCCAGCCCCAGGAUCCCUUCCCAGUUGGAGCCGUUGAUGAAGAAUUUGUCCGACUCCGUGAUGGCAGCGAUGUUAGCUCUGACGGUGACGUUGGGGCCGUGGGGGAUGGUGACGAGGGAGCCGUGGCGGAAGCGAUGGUGACCAUUGGUGACCAGCUCAUCCUGGAAGAAGAGUUUGACGAGACGUACGUCCCCAACGAGCGAGAAAUCCAGGGUUUUGCACGGGAGAUCGGGAUUGACCCCGAGAAGGAGCCAGAGCUGUUAUGGCUGGCCAGGGAAGGCAUCAUGGCCCCGCUGCCACCCGAGUGGAAGCCCUGCCAGGACAUCACCGGUGAUGUCUACUACUUCAACUUUGCUAACGGCCAGUCCAUGUGGGGGCACCCCUGCGAUGAUCACUACAGAAAGCGUGUCGUUCAGGAGCGAGAGAAGCUGCUGGCAUGUGGCAGCUUGAAAAAGAAAGAGAAGAAGAAGAAGAAGAAGAAAGAAAAGAAGGAGAAGAAAGACAAGAAGGAGAAGAAGUUGCUGAAGCGACCCACCUCCGCAGACACCCUGCCCGUGCCUGUCCUGGCACCCCUGGGGACCCUGGCUCCGCUGCGUGGCCCUGCGGCGUUGCCGGCCGGCAUCCUCCGCGUGCCGCUGGCCUCAGACGUGGGCAUCUCGGCGGACCCCGGCCGUGCAGCCGAAGCAGGAACGCAGAGUCUCCGUGGGACAGCAAGGCUGUUCAAAAACGUGCACAUGGAUGUCAGCGCCCUGGGAGGAAGCUUUGACUUUGAGGUAGGGAUGCGGGUGAUGCGAGACGGGCGGGAGAAGCUGCCCGGGCAGGAGAGGAGCUGCGGCACUGCCCAGCCAGCGCCCGGGCUGGGGAGCGAGAGGGCGCGGGAGAGGGGCCGGAGGGAUGCGUGCCGUGUGUCCGUUAAGGAGUCUUUAGAAUCAGGACACGCUGAAGAAGAGCAAGAGUCUUCGCUGGGUUCUGAAGCGGCGUGCCCUCCGUCUCCAGUCCGAGUCCUCCCUGGAGAUGGGGACAGCAGCCUGUCUGGCCAGAGCAAGGAGGAGUCCGACGGGAAGCUCGCCGGGAGCGAGCUGCGGGGCACGGCGGCAGCUGAGGGGGAAGGUGACGUCUCUGCAGCUGAGGAGCUGCCGCAGUGUUAUCCCAGAGGUGCUACCGCUGUUGCUGGUGGGCUCGGCCCUGGCCAGCCGCGGGUCCGUCUUGGACCCUUGGCUCUGUCGGACACGGUGAGAGGCCAGAUUUGUCUUCCCAGUAUCGUUUGUCACCUUGUGGGAAAUGCCGAGGUGGGUGAGGCUGCAGGCCUGAGAUACGUACGGGCUGUGAUGCAUGUCUUCUCUCGGCUUUCCAAGGCCUCCGAGACCAGCGACUGUGGGGAGGACUUGCGAGUCUCCAGCCGCUAGGACGAUGAGCUGAUCCUGCCCGUGGACUUGGGUUUCCAGAGGCAGCUUUCUGAGCGGGUACUGGACGUGGGGGUCCUGUCUCCUGCUUCGGACAGCCCCGUGUGCCAGGCCCAGGAGCUGGGAGAAGAGGAGAGAGACCAAAGCAAAGCCAGUGUAGAGGAAGAGCAAAGCAAAAGAACAGAAGCUGCUGAGAGUGAGAGGGAUCAAAGCGCUUGUGAAGCACCAGAAGAGAAGUGUGUUGCUUUAGAAGCUCCCAGGCCGGAGGAGGCUGUGGCGCAGGAGCCGGAGGAGGGGUCGCUGGAGGAGCUUGCUGCCCCGCAGAAAGAGCAACCUGAGAAGGAAGUCAAACACGAGAAGUCCUUGGACCAGCCUAGUGAAGAAUCCCUUGAGGGAGCAGCUGAGGAGCUGGAGACAGGGCUCGAGCGAGGGAAAAUGCAUUUAUUGCACGCAAAGAAGGAGAAAAUUCAGCAAUUCCAGGAGGAGAUGAGGCUCCAGGAGGAGGAGGAAGCUGAGAAGCUUGAUGAGCAAAAAGAAAAAUCCCUCAGGUCUCCGGAAGAAGAUUCGGCAAAGGUUUCCGAGGAGGAAGAGUUGUGUAUCAGAAAGGAAGAAGCUGAGAGACUCUUAAAGCUGCGAGCCAAAAUCGCCUCAGAGACCGAGGCAGAGGAGCAGAAGAUAAGGGCAGAGCAAGAGGUCACGCUGCAGAAACUCAGAGAAGAGUGGGAAUGCCGGCAGGUGAUGGAGAAGGAGAGCCUGGAGAGGAAGCAGCAGCUUGUUUUGGAGAAGAUGAGGCUGGAAAUGGAGGAGGCUCAGCAGAAAGCGACGACUGAGCUGGAACAAGAGAAGGAACAAUUCCUGAGCGAGCUCAAGGAGAGAUUAGACAGGGAGAAGAAGAAGGCACUAGAAGAGCUGGAGAAACAGUUUGCAACUGAACUCCAGCAGCUGACAUCUGCAGCCGAAGAGAAGCAUCAUAAGGUCAUUUCCAGCCUGCAGACCCGGGCAGCAGAGGCACAGAGGAGCGAGGAGGCUCAGCUGCGUGAAGACUUGCAGAGAGCGGAGCAGAAAGUGCAGCAAAAAGCCUAUCAAUUAACAGAGUACGAACGCGAGCUCAGCGAGCUUAUGAGAGAGAAACGCCAGGAAGUGCAAAAGGACCACGAGAGGAAAAUGGAGCGGAUGAAAGAGGAGCACCAGGAAGCCUUAGCACGGCUUCGGGAUCAGUACGAGGAGGAGGAGAGAAAGCAAAGAGCAGAGCUGCUUGAAGGCCUGCGCAGCCAGACGGUGCGCCUCCGGCAGCUUCACGAAGCAGAGGGGAGAGCUCUGCAGGCAGAGCUGGAUGAGCGGCUCGCUGCGUUGCAGCACAGGCACCGGGAGAAGGAAAGAGAACUCCAGGAACAGGAAAACGAGCUUGAAACGCGCACGAAGAACGUCAAAGCCAGAUCGGUGCAGCUCCUUAGCCAGGAGGAGUCUCUGAGAAAGAAAAGGCAGCAGCUGCUGGAUGAAGACAGACAGACUGAGCUGGAAAGAGAUGAAGCUGCUCUAGCUUCUCAGCUUUGCCUAGAGGAGAAUAGGAAGGAGCAUGCCAGCCUCCUGGAGUCCAUCCGGCAGCUACGUCGGUCUCUUGAAGAGCUCCAGGACCAGAAAGCUGAGCUGGAGGCCCAGGUGGACUUGUUGCAGACCCGAAGCCAGAGGCUGCAGAAACGCAUCAGUGAGCUGGAGGCAGCUGCCAGGAGCAAACAGGAGACUUUGAAAGAACUGGAGGCACAAGAAAGCGUUGAAUCUCCAAGAAGGAAAGCUGAGCUCCAAGUUGAAGACCUGAGAGAAACUAUUCAAGCUCACUCGCCCAGAGAACCUGCUUCCCCACCCUCUCAAAGCCACGAGGACAGAGAGUUCCAGUUUGAUCAUGUCAGGAGCUACAUCUCCGCGGAAGGGAUCUCCAUCAGGAACACCAAGGAGUUCCUGGUGCGCCAGGCCCGCUCCAUGAGGAAGAGGCACUCGGCGCUGAAAGCUGCAAAGCAGCAGUGGCGCCAGGAUAUGCAGAAAGCGCAGGAGGUGGUGCGGGAUCCCGACAGCUCCCAGCUCCUGGAGGGCAUGCGCAGGAACCUGGAAGAGGAAGCAAAGCAGUUGGACAAGAUGAAGUCGGCUAUGCAGAAAGGACAGGUGCUGCUGAAGAAGAAAGAAGAGAAGCUAAGCCAGCUGGAGUGCUCGCUGCUGGAGGAGCUUUCAGAUGAAGAUACGCUGAAGAGUGCUGCGUGCAGGAAGAUGGUGACUUUUGAUCUCAGCAACUCUGAGGACACAAACAGCACGUCCAGUGUAAAUCUGCGGCAGCCUGAGUUGGAUGUGAGAACCGAUUUGCGGCCUGCCCCACACCUGGACAAGAUCCAGUACCUGACGGACUCUCUGCAGCGUAUCACUGGUGAACUGAACGGCGUCCUCGGCGUCCUGGGCUCUCUGAGCAACCACCAGUCUCCACUCUUCACCUCGACGCCCUGCCACGGGGUCCCUCUUUCUACGUACGCCUCCUUGGCAGGGCUGCAGGCGGCCGGCUCCCUGGUCCCCCCCGCCGGGGGGUCUCUGGUAGACCAGCGGGCCUGGAGCACUGGGCUGAGCUCCGCUCGCUCUGCCGCAGCUGGGCAGUCGGUGGACAGCAUCCUGGCAGAGAAAUGGCACAAGUAUUUCCCAGGUGGGUUCCCGUCGCUCAGUGCGAGUUCCAAGCCUCUGGACAGCAAACUGGGAUACGUGCCUGCAGAUGAGCAGAUACGGCUGUUCCAGCACUCCCAGUUCCGGAGCCGUGAGUCAGACAAGAGGAGUAUUGAAGGAAUGAUUGAGAGCAGCAAGAAAUGGCUCGAAGACUUCAAGAGGGAUUCAAACGUGUAUCCUUUGCCCGAGUCUGGUCUGUAA